AUGCCCGAUUACCCCAGCACCAACCCAGGCACCUUCAACUAUCUCUCCCACCUCCACAGUAUGCUCCACCUCUUCCUCACCCAACCCAUCCUAAUCCAAGCCUCCCUCAUCGGCCUCAGCACCUCCGCCCUCUUCACAACCUACUGGACAACCCUAACAUUCCUCCUCUCUUCCCCCCCAUACUCCCUUCCCCCCAUCCCAAUAAGUCUCUUCUCGCUCCUCGGCAUCCUAACCCUCCUCCUCUCCCCCCUCUCCUCCCACUUGCUCAUCAACAAACAUCCCCCCCUCUACAGCAGCAUUCUCGGUCUCCUCUCCUGUCUCCUCGCUCUCACCAUCGGCUUCGCCGCAAAUUCCACACUCGCAACUCCCAUCCUCCAAGCCAUCUUCCUCGAUCUCGGUAUCAAUAUCUCCAUGAUUGCGAAUCGUUGCGCGGUUUAUAGUAUUGAUCAGAAGAUGCGUAAUAGGAUUAAUACGGUUUAUAUGACCUGGGUUUUUGUGGGUCAGUUGCUGGGUACGUGGCUUGGGAAUAGAUUGUUUGAGCGGUUUGGGUGGAGGGGGAGUUCGGGGGUGGGUAGUGUGUUUGGGUUGUUGGGGUUGGGGUGUGCGGUGGUGAGGGGGCCGUGGGAGAGGGGAUGGGUGGGUUGGGGUGGUGGCUGGGGGGUUAGGAGAAAGGUUUUGGAUGGGGAGGUGCCGGAUACUGGCGGGGUGGAGGAUGGGUUGCCCGAUGGGGAAAUAGAGGCAGGAGGGCAAAAAGUGAGCCUGGGUGUUGGGGGGGAAGAGAAAGAAAGACAUAUUACAUCUUUACAAGGUGGAAGUAAUCAUGGUACAUGA